GUGCCAUAUAAUGGCUGUUUAUCAUUUAUAUUUAAAAUGACUGAAAACCGGAGGAGAAUGAGUGCUGACAGCCCUGUCAGCCUACAAAGCUGUUCAGAGAAGGAACAAACUGCUGAACGGUGGAGGCCGAACUUUCACCGGCGCUCUAAACCGUGUACCAACAUCGCCGCAGUGUGUCCGUUACCGAGAAACAGCCAGGCUGAAAUAUGUGAGAAUCGGUUGCAGUCUCCAGCUCUCUCUUCCUCAGCACCCAACCCGUCCAGAGAGGAUUUUUCUCCUAUCAUAUCCAGAUCAAGUCAGAUGAUGGUCUACACCCGACAAUGCCCAUUCUCCUUUGAUGAACGAGACUCCGUGAGAAGAUCUGCACGAGAGAGAAGACUGGAGGAGCUCAGGCAGACUGAGGACGUUCUUUUAGAAUCGGGUUCAAGGUUCAGAGCCAACCCAGUGCGGAAGUACAAGCCACUGGUGCUGAGACAGAGUUCACGGCCACUUACGAUCCCUCAAACCCCUUUCUCACAUCAUGAAAAAUAACAAUGUGAGCUUAAAUUAUUGUUUUAUUUUGUCUUAGUAUAAGAACACUUAAAUAGCUUUGCAAUAAAUGAAAAUUAUGGAGCAUUA